AUGUCCUGGCAAGCAUACACCGACAACUUAGUUGCUACUGGAAAAAUUGACAAAGCAGCAUUAUACUCUGGAGCAGGAGACUCGUUAUGGGCUCAAAGUUCUAAUUUCCAAUUAGGACAGGACGAAAUUAGUGCCAUUGCCAAAGGUUAUAGUGAUCCAUCCAAUUUACAAGCUCACGGGUUACACGUUCAAGGUCAGAAAUACUUUUUGUUGAGAGCUGAUGAAAGAUCUAUCUACGGUAAACAAGAUGCUGAAGGAAUUGUUGCUGUUAAGACCAAACAAGCCAUUUUAAUUGCCCAUUACCCUGCUGGGGUUGUUGCUGGUGAAGCCACCACUGUUGUUGAAAAAUUGGCUGACUAUUUGAUUAGUGUUAAUUAUUAG